GCCAAGGUUACAUGCUCAAGCGCUCAUUCCUUCGCAAGGCCAUGCAUGUAGCUAGCAUAAGCCAACGGAUUUUUUCUCGCUGUCUAGUAUUUGUGACAGUGCCGCCGCGUCAAUUUCAUUCGACCAUAGCUUGAUGACUCAGCAAGGCUAUCUUUACUUCCGCCAUGGCAGACAAGUGUCCAGUCGACCACGGCAGUCAUUCUUCAGACGAGUCCUGUCCUGUCGACCACAAAUCUCGUACAACGUGGUCCUCUAUCUUGCCAGGGAGCAGCUCUGCGCACCCAGUCAACGCAUCUUCGCUCUCGACUGAACGGGAGGUCUCUUCGAUACCCCGAACAGACAAUGGUAAUUGGGUAUACCCGUCAGAGGCUCAAUUUUUUGCUGCCAUGGCGCGCAAAAACCAUAACCCGCAUGCUCCAGAUAUGAAGACUAUCAUUCCUAUUCAUAAUGCUGUAAAUGAACGCGCUUGGUCGGAGCUAAUGAAAUGGGAAUCUGGGAGAGGUGGUGAAAAGUGUGGAGGAGUGAAACUUGUAAACUUCAAGGGCAGACCUAAUGACCUGACCCCAAAAGCUCGACUCAUGACCUUGCUCGGGUACUCUGCUCCUUUCGAUCGUCACGACUGGGUGGUCGAACGAUGCGGAACCCGAAUUAGAUACGUGAUCGACUUCUAUACUGGACGGGGCGCAGGACCGUCAUCGUCAAAUAAUGUCUCUUUUUAUCUCGAUGUUCGGCCUGCCUUAGACAACUGGGAAGGGGUGAAAAUGAGAGCUGAGAACAUUUGGCAGGACUGGUUUGGAAGUGUUCACAGUAGCAGCACCCCAUCUCAGUCAUGAGUAUUAUCCAUAGACGCAUAUUUAAUCCCCUACUUGCAUGGUUUUACUAAUUGUGAAUACAUAUAGGACUUAUACCUAUGGUAUCAUGAUGUGGAACGGCGGGCUGAUCACGACCAUUAUCGAUCCAGCUUCCUCUUGACGAAGUACCAAGCCUAAUCUAAAUCAAGCCCACCUUGUCUUUGUGCCCCGAACUUAUAUAGGGUUGAUUUCUGAACACGUGACUAACGCGUCGCGAUCGGCUUUGUUGAUAAUGAUAAUGUGCAUUGG